AUGUCUUCACCACAAAGUUUCGCUGGCGCCACAGCCACAUUACUAACUGGAGCAUCCCCACCCAACGUGUGCGGUCACAGGCCCAACGUGCCCAUGACCGAUCUGACAUCUAUUCUGACAUCCACCUCCGCAUCCUCACCCCAAUCCACUACUAGUUCGCCACCAACCAUGGCCUCUGGCUUCAAAGUCGUUGCCGGGUCUCGUUGCACGAUCGAUCCCCUUGAUCCCAAUCACAAACUAUUCAAAACACCAGGCCCGCUAGCCAACGGCGCUCCCCACAUCGCUCAGAUCAUUAGGAGCAACUCUUACCCCAGCGUUCCUCUUCAUCCACACGCUCCCAAGCCUGUCAUUCCCAGCGAGAAUGCCAAGUCCGGCUCUCGUUUCGUUGAGCGGCUCACUGAUUCUCACCCGGCGAAUCCACACACGGAUGCAGAGCUCGCGAGGAUCGUUUCAGAAGGCGUCAGUAUCCAGUCACGGCCUCAGGUGCAAGACCGACGACUUAUGGGUCUAAUUCGCAAGAGGUCGACCGCCAUGGUGGAGACGCGAUCAGUUCUGGGUCGUGGUAGGAUGAGUCUGAGCGCACGAGCAGGAUGUCUCGUCAAUCUCAUAAGCACCCUUCUCAGCAGUCCCCAAACACCCGGGCCCGUGCCCUCCUCAGGGUCUUCAUGCCUGUCCCCGCCCGCUGUGUCUCCUCCGUCCCCCCCGCCUGACUCUCUCCGUUCUGAAAUCUCGUCGAUAUGGCCUCCCGCCCCAUCGUCAUACGCAGAAUUCGGCGUCCUUGUACCAACCGCUUGGGAUCUUGAUCUCGCAUCGCGCACUCCCCCUACCAAUACUCGAAUGCAGGACGAUACGGAUACGCAAGCUUCGGUCGAUUCUAGCGAGACGAAAUCCGAGUGUGGCGACCUCGUUUGCAUGUGGACCAUAGUCGAUGGCAGACACGUCGGAUCCACCCCGCCCAUUACUUCGACCUCUCGAUUCGUCGAGUGUAUCCCCGAUUGCGGAUACGAUGACAUGUUGGGAUAUGCGGAUGACGUUCGGUUUGGAUGCAUCAAGGACCUCGAUUUAUACGACCUUAUCAGUUGUGAAUAUCAAGAUGAGGAGGUGGACGAGACGAAGGCCGAAACGUUGGAGGAAAUUCUCACUAGUAUGUUUGAAGAUCGACCGCGGGAUCGCAGAGCCAAGAUGCUGCCGGUGCGUUUGAUUCGGAUGCUUUCGCGUUGA